UUUCUAGUUUUGUUGGUUUCUUUGUUUUCCUUGUUUGAUGGGAACUGUGUUAAAGAAGAACAAAAAUGGUGGAGAAAUUAAGACAGGACAGUGAUUAUUAUUUCUCUUUAGUUGUAAAAUGCUACAACUUAUGAACAAUUUGGUUAUUGUUUGAGUUUCAAUCUUGGUUGAAUCUCUUUAACAACAACAUCCAUUGACAAUUUUUAAAGAAUAAAAGAUCUGACAUCCAAAAAAAAAGAAGAAAAAAAAUUGUUCAUUUCAUCAUCCACCAUGAAGAGAUCUGGAAGCUCAGAUUCUUUGGGUGCUUUGAUGGCUAUUUGCCCAACGUCAGAUGAAGAUGGUCCCAGAAACAGCAACAAUGUUUACAGUAGGGAGUUUCAGUCGAUGUUGGAUGGAUUAGAUGAAGAAGGUUGUUUCGAAGAAUUGACGGUCGGCAAUGGCGGCGGCGGAAAGAAGAGACGAUUAAGAUUAGAUCAAGUGAAGGCAUUGGAGAAGAAUUUCGAAGUCCAAAACAAGCUCGAACCCGAACGGAAAACGAAACUCGCUCAAGAACUCGGCUUGCAACCACGACAAGUUGCUGUCUGGUUCCAGAACCGACGCGCUAGAUGGAAAACCAAGCAAUUGGAGAGAGAUUACGGUGUUCUUAAAACCAGUUACGAACCUCUUAAGCUCAAUUACAAUACCCUCCGCCAUGAAAAUGAAGCUCUUCUCAAACAGAUUAAUGAACUGAAGGAUAAGAUUAACGAGCAGCCGGUUGCGGAACUGAACCGCGGCAGUGGAUCAGUCGGUGGAGGUGGCGGCGUUUUCCCGGAAAUGAAAGACGGAUCGUCGGAUAGUGAUUCGAGCGCUAUCUUGAACGAAGACAACAACAGCAACGGAGAUAGCAACGGCGGUAGCCCAAGCAACGCGGCGGCGUGUUCAUCGCCGUCCUCCAUGAGCAGUUGCUUCCAGUUGUUUAAAACGAGUUAUGUGAAGAUGGAAGAGCAUGAUUUCAUCAGUAGUACUGCAGAUGAAGUUUGCAAUUUCUUUGCCGAUGAGAAAGCUCUGAAUCUUCAAUGAUGGGACUGAAUCAACAGGAAAAAUAAAGUCGAACUCUCCGAGAAUUUUGUCUGAAGAAGGAGGAGCAGAGGGAUGAGGUGGGGGCCGCCGCGGAAGUAGUCAGCGAAUGGGUUGCGAGUGACCACUGCGGUGGCGAAUGUGGUGGGC